AUGGCUGGACCGAUGGACACAACUGAUCUGGAGGACGACCAGAAUGCAGGACUGAAGGGAGCAGCCCCGGCGGAUGGGCAGGUGGAUGACCUGGAGGCCUGUGAUGUGGAUUGGUCAGCUGCUCGGGAGCUCGGCGGCAUGGACGGGACCACCGCUCGGGAGAUCGGCGACGUAGACAGGGCAGAGGCCGACCACUCUGGAACCAGAAAGGUCUCUGUUGUGACUUCUCUUAUAGGAGCCCGGCCGGCCGGACGAUCACAAACCCGGCUAGAAGAAGCUGAUUCGGGAGGAACGGUCCAGCAGAUCGGCGACCCAGCAGCCGGCGCCAUGACGGUCAAAAGAAUUCACCAUCAUGUAGAAUCUAGAUUUGCGGUUGGGGCUCUGGCCGUGGUGAUGUGGCUGACCGUGUGCGUCUGGGCUUUUGAUUUAACCCAGAGCCGGGCAAAGAGGGACGAGCUUUCUGUUCCAGAUGCGUUUUUGAAUUAUUACCUGGACACAUGUGUGUUCACCUCCUCUGAACUUCCUGACAUAGAGUACAUACGCUCUCUGUAUUUCAAUAAGACAGAAUUUAUGAGGUUUAACAGCACUGUGGGGAAGUAUGUUGGAUAUGAUAAGUUUGGUAUCUAUAACGCAGAGCGCUGGAACAACGAUCCUGCAGAGAUGGCACGAAGGAGAGCUGAGAAAGAGAGAUACUGCAAACAUAAUAUAGAGAUAUGUUACCGAAAAACACUGGAUGAGACAGCUGAGCCCAGUGUGAGACUGACUUCAGUGAGGCCCCAUAGUGGCCGACAUCCGGCCAUGCUGAUGUGCAGUGUCUACAACUUCUACCCCAAAUACAUCAGUGUCACCUGGCUGAGAGACGGACAGCCAGGGACCUCUGACGUCACUUCCACCGAUGAGCUGGCAAAUGGUGAUUGGUACUACCAGAUCCACUCCUACCUGGAGUACACGCCCAGGUCUGGAGAGAAGAUCACCUGCAUGGUGGAACACGCCAGUUUCCCCUCUCCUAAGAAAGUGGACUGGAAUCCCUCCAUGCCACAAUCAGACAGAAACAAGAUCGCCAUCGGAGCGUCAGGUCUGCUUCUGGGUUUGAUUUCGUCUUUGGCAGGUCUGAUCUACUACAAGAGGAAGGCCAGAGGGCGUGUUCUGGUUCCAACCAGCUGA